AUAACUUGGAGAUUUUCUUUUUUAAUCAUUACAGAUUAUGCUGUUGUCUUCUUACCAUGCCCUGAAGCCCAAGGACUGAUCACUCAAACCCCAUCAGUCAAGUCAAACAAUGAUCAGAGGGUGUCAACCCGAAUCAAAACUCGUCCUACAAAGUGUAACAGUUGUUUUUAUUUGUUAAGACGGAUUGAUUAUUGUGCAACUCCGAAUGGAAUAAAGUGUUUUUGGAACGAAUUUUACGUUAAUCCCUUUUAAAGAAUACUCACACGUUAAGCCUUAUGAAAGUACUGCAGGUUCAGAAGAGAAACUCAUUUCGGAACGAAAAUGUCUGAUAAUGGGAGGAUCUGUUCUAUGGAGAUCAGCUUUGCUGUUGUCCAAAAGACCCCAGAAAUCCAGCAGGUGCUCAACUUCAUUGCUGAUCCCGAGACGAUGGAAAUUGCGACCUAUGAGACGACCCGACCUGGUGGUAGAAAAUGAAUGGGUCACAGGAUCUCCGGGGGUUUUCCGGAUCCAAGAUAAAUCCUUGGGUCCGACACGUCGUUACUUGGUCAACAGACGUCCAAUCACGAAUUUCAUCCUUCGACUGCUGGAAAACGUUCCAAUUGUUGGUCGAGUCGCUCGCGCUGCUCUACAAGUCGACUCUUUGAGAAAACUCAAGCCCGGUGAUCUGUAUGAAGUCAUGAUUGAUAUGAACGGGUUCAAAAGCAAAGACAUUCGAAUCGCAGUGAAGGGACACGUGGUCAGUGUUCAGGGCAAAUACGACCACAAAUCCAGCAGGUGCUCAACUUCAUUGCUGAUCCCGAGACGAUGGAAAUUGCGACCUAUGAGACGACCCGACCUGGUGGUAGAAAAUGAAUGGGUCACAGGAUCUCCGGGGGUUUUCCGGAUCCAAGAUAAAUCCUUGGGUCCGACACGUCGUUACUUGGUCAACAGACGUCCAAUCACAAAUUUCAUCCUUCGGCUGCUGGAAAACGUUCCAAUUGUUGGUCGAGUCGCUCGCGCUGCUCUACAAGUCGACUCUUUGAGAAAACUCAAGCCCGGUGAUCUGUAUGAAGUCAUGAUUGAUAUGAACGGGUUCAAAAGCAAAGACAUUCGAAUCGCAGUGAAGGGACACGUGGUCAGUGUUCAGGGCAAAUACGACCACGUGAGCCAAGAUGACAAAAUGGCGCAUGCAAUCGACAGAGAAUUCACUUUUCCAGAAAUGGCUGACACUGCGUUCCUUCAAGCUAUUCUUCAAUCCGAUGGAACAAUGAGGCUUUCAGCUCCAGUCGUUGCUCUUGCUGAAGAAGUCGAGAAACUGAUCCCAGUUCAACAAUUGCCUCCACCUGCUCCACCACCAGAAAACGUGCCACCGAACAGAAACCUGUAUUCUAUGGAGUGCGAAGCGGAUCCCGGGGAAAUUCACCUAGACCCUGAUUGCCAAAACAAAAGUGCCAGACGUCUUGGGCUUCGCGGGUCCUUGACAAAACUGUUCGAAAAGUUAUCUCCCCGGAAACGACCGCAACCGAUCAGCACAUCAGCAGAGGAAAUUACGCCAAUUUCGACCACGAAGAAAACCCAAGCCAAUAUCCCAAAACCAGCCUUAGACGACCCAAGGUUGGCAACCCUGAAGGAACCCGGAGCGUCAGCAAGGUCUGUACCUGUGCAAGAAGAAUCAAGUUCCGCGUUUUCGCUUCCCGAAGGUCGUUCCGGAGAUGAAACCUCGAGAAUGUUCGGAAAACCUUUGAAUUUCCGCGAAACUUUCCAAAAGGCCGAAAACUCGCCGAGACGCCAAAAAGAUAAAAUUCUGGAAAAAGCGGGCAGGGACGCCGAUGAUAUUUUCGACCGAAAAACUGAAAAUCUCAGGUUGUCUUCAAAAUCCAGCUCAUCACAACAAAUGGAAGAAACUGCCGCCGAUCGUCGAAACCGGCAGGACAUGAAACGUCAAAAGCAAAAUGCCGUGGACGAGGCCGACAAUGCGUUUACCACCCCGGCAAUGACGUCCAUUCGCGACAAUGAAGUGUGGGAAGGGGAAAAAGAACAAUUCAACCUCGACUCUUUCCUUGAUAAUCAAAUGUACAUUGACCCAAACAAACCUAAAGCCACAGCUACGACGAACAAAGAGCGCCGAGAAGACGGUGCAACCCGGCGAAUGGGUCGCACUAUAGCCAAGCAAAAGGACUGGAUGCCCAGAACCAGUUCGUCUCGGGACAAAAACUAAUGGAUCCUCCUUUCUUGCAUGUAACAAGUGUUUUGUUAGUGUCACUUUUUUGUCGUUCAAGGGAAAUACUAUUUGGAAAAUUAUGGUUUGAGUAAGUGUCUGAAUGACUGAGACAUCGAUGGUCUUUGCUGAAGGCGAGCCCUGAUGGGAAUUUUCUUUCAAGAAAUGUGUGAUGGAAGGCAUGAGAAAAAUCUUAAUUUUACACACAUUUUCUUGAGAGAUUGCCGUAUUGCAGCAAAGUUUCCUUCUUCUUCUGAUUUUCUUUGAGAAUACAAUUUGUUGACUCAUCAAAAUUCCGUAAAUCCAUCCUACUUAUAGUUGAUUCCAUCAACAAAAGCCACGAAAGAUUAAGUAAUUUCAUUAAGAGUAUUUUCUGUAUUCCGAGAUUCCUUUUUGAAUUGCAGAUGCGGUGUAUAUGAUGAUGAAUCCCGAAUUAUUUACGCCAGAAAAUCCCGUACAUACCGUUUGAAUACUUCAGGGCUUAGAUAUUUCAUUUUGAAAUUCAAACCACACACGCGAAAGCUUCAUUUCCCG